AAAAAAACUGGUAAAAGGUUAGCCAGCUAAAUACAGCUAAUUUAUUCAUUGAUUCGCGUCUCUCAAGAGGAGCGGAACUCUUCGAGCCCCUGAGGACUGUGGGUACCGAGGGCAGCAGCCAUGUCCGGCUCCUAUGAUGACUCCAUGGUCGACAUCUCCAGUGACAGCUUCUGGGAGGUGGGGAACUACAAGCGGGCAGUGAGGCGGGUGGACGAUGGCAGUCGCUUGUGUAACGACCUGAUGAACUGUCUCCAUGAGCGGGCGCGCAUCGAGAAGUCCUACGCACAGCAGCUCACAGAGUGGUCCAAACGCUGGAGACAGCUUAUAGAGAAAGGCCCUCAGUAUGGGACCCUGGAGCGGGCGUGGGGUGCCCUGUGCACGGAGGCGGAGAAGGUGAGCGAGCUCCACAUGGAGGUGAAGGCGGCGCUGAUGGGGGAGGACUGUGAGAAGCUCAAGGUGUGGCAGAGGGACUACUACCACAAACAGAUGAUCGGAGGCUUCAAGCAGACCAAGGAGGCUGACGACGGCUUCCGCAAGGCCCAGAAACCCUGGGCCAAGAAACUGAAAGAGAUGGAGAUGAUGAAGAAGGCGUACCACGGGGCCUGUAAGGAAGAGAAGCUGGCCACCAGCCGGGAGAACAACAGCAAGCUGGAGAACAACAGCAACCCUGAAGCCCAGAAGAAAAUGCAGGACAAGGUGGAGAAGUGCCAGCAGGAGAUGGAGAAGACUAAGGAGCGCUAUGAGAAGUCUCUGGAGGAGCUGGACAAGGUGACUCCCCAGUACAUGGAGAACAUGGAGCAGGUGUUUGAACAAUGGCAGCAGUUUGAGGACAAACGCAUUACCUUCUUCAAAGCACUUCUGCUGGAUGUCAAGCAUCACCUCGACCUCUCCACCAAUCACAAAUUCCAGACAGUCUACCACACGUUGGAGGACACGAUCUCUGCUGCUGACGCUGUGGAGGACCUCAAGUGGUUCCGCUCCAACCACGGUCCUGGGAUGCCCAUGAACUGGCCCCAGUUUGAGAAUGUGGACUGGUCCCGCUCCUCUAGGUCCAGAAGGUCCAUUGUAGACUGGUCCAUAGACUUGAACCGUACACUGAGUCGGCGAGAGACUAAGAAGAAGCCCUCCGAUGGAGUCACCCUGACGGGCAUCAGCCAAAUGGAAGAGCAGCAGGCAGCCAAGAGCAGCAGCAGCCUGACUGUGCCCACGAGCACAGAGCCGGUGGGUUCGAACCCAUUCGAGGAAGACGAGGACGAGGAUCUCCAGGGGACCAUGAAGGAACAGCCCGCUGUCGUCAACAACAACAACAACAGCAGCCCGCUCAAUGUCAAAAAAGUGGAGGAAGUGAAAACCGCCAGCAGUGUGGAGAAGUCGCAAGAGUGGUCGGAUGAGGAGACUGGGGUCAACCCGUUUUCCAUUGAGGAUGCCAACGGCGAUGGGAACCCGUUUGACGUGGAGCCGGCGUCCUCGGGGGUGUCUGUGGCCGUGCGUGCCCUCUACGACUACGAAGGACAGGAGCAGGAUGAACUCAGCUUCAAAGCAGGUGAGGAGUUCACCAAGAUAGGAAACGAGGACGACCAGGGCUGGUGCAGAGGGCGCCUGAAAGACGGCGUGGUGGGCCUCUACCCCGCCAACUACGUAGAAGACAUCCAGUAAUGACCGAGCCAGGGACGAGGAGGAAAACGAGAGAGGAUGGGGUGAAGAGGAAAAGGAAAGUGGAGGAGAUGGGAUAGGAGGGUGGGCAUGGUAGGCCUCGCAUUCGCCCCUCACCCUCUUCCCCCUACGUGGUAGAGGCUGGCCGCAGUGUGUGUGAGUGGAAGGGUUUUGCCCAUCGAAGAGGAUGAUGUUGUAGCUCUCUGUUGUAUCUUCCUGGAUCCCAUGUCGUUAAGCACAUCUUCCUACAACUACAGCCUGCCCUCAUUGUCAGCCUUUAUGAUGGGACACCCAGUACAGAGUCUAAAGCCAGCUACAAAAGCAAAUGUUACUUAAAGCCAUUACUGUUACAAAAAAAUAUAUAUAAAAAGCUAUUUGAAACAUGUAACCUUCCAACUGAAGCUUGAAGUUAUGAAGACGUUGAAAGAAUUAACCGAUUUAAAUGAUCCGAACAGACAUGGGAGAGGAUAUACAUGUGUCCCAUUCAUGAGGUCGAGCACAUUUUAGAUUGGAAACUGAUUGGAGACCUAAAAGUCAUCUUAGUUUAAUCUUAAUUCAUUUUUGCCGUAGACAAUUGGUGAUACAUAUUUUUAGUUCUAUAGAUCUGAUUCUAUUGUAACACCAAUUUGCAGUCCAGGAUCUGAUUUGGUAGUCUUAUGUUGAAAUAAGGGGAAUUCCUAAUUGCAUGUUAUUUCUUGCUCUGUUUUGAGCGUCCUUCACCCCAUCCUUUUGACAGUAAUCAAGGUUUUAUUUUUUUUCCACAUGAAAGCCAUUUGUCUGAAAUAUCAGAACCUACAUCCCCGUUUUCUUAUUUGACUUUUCAAAUGUUUUGAGAAAAGGGCUUGGAAUUCAUGGCAGUGCCGGUUCAGAACAAUUAUCUUUCUUAUCUGAUGCUUAUAGUUCAGAUUUGUCUUGUUAUGCCUUUUUUUGUAUUUUAAAUCUGAUUUAUGUUUUGCUCAGCGAAUAGUUGAUGAAUGAGAGAAACCGAGAUGAUGAAUUAUAUCCAGUUCUUCCACCAUCACCAACCAGCCUGGUUUCAGAGCAUUUCAUAUUAUUCUGUAAAUGCUCUGAUACCAUGUUGCGCCAACCCACAUUUUAACAAUAAGUGACGCACUCAGAAGUUCUCCUGUAACCUUUACCCCUCAACUUUAAUUGAUUGUAUAUUCUUUAAUUGUUUCAUUGUAUCGGCUCACCUAUUGAUUGUACACGUUUCCUGGUCAUUUUAGUAUCAGGGACAUUCACCAGGACACAUAGGACUCUGGCCAAACGUAGUACACUAUAUAGGGCAUAGGGUGCCAUUUGUGACAGCCUCCAUUCAUACAAUUGACUUCACAUUCUGUUGGUAGAUUCUUACAUCGUGGAUGUUGUUUUGUCUUUCCACACUGAAUGUUUGGCAAUAAGGUGUGUCACUUGAAGCUAGGAGCUUUAGCUGUAGCUUGCACUGGAUGCCCAUUCAAAGCUUUGGGAGAAUAUACUAUUUUUGUGCCAGCGAAAACAAUGUUGCAUGUUCAGCAAUAAAAACCACAGCGUUUACUCUUUUUCACAAACUAGAGGGUCCGAUUUAAUAAAAGUAUGUUUGCAUGUAAAUAGCGAGGAACCUAUGAACAAAUUAAGCAGUUAUAGAUUCAGGAGUUGUGAUUUAAAUUUCUAUUUGGAAAUCAAAGACUGUUAAUGUAUGAGAUGCCUUAAGUGCUUUUGUUCUCUGUCAGAUGAAAUGCUGUGAUUCGGAAACAAAUCCGUUUGUACAAUAAUUGUAUGUUUGAUGGCGAAUGUCUCGCGAGUUUGCUGUCUUGUUGCAUUUGUAAAUAUAAUGUCAAAUCUUCAGAGGGGCCAGAGCCUACUUAUGAUUAGUAAUUGACAAAUAUCUGAGAUUAUAUUUCUCAUUUUCUUUUAAAAGUUCAUAAUUGACACACACACGCUUAACACCACCACAUGUGCAUUACCAGUAUUGGCCAACUAUAUCUGUUAUUUAGGACCUAUCCCAAUUCCCAUCUCUGGUAUAGGUUUACCCUAUUGGGAGUUGACGUUUUGGCUCUUACGUUGUUGUGAGUACAUUCUUUAGCAAACACUGUUUAUGCUCAUGAUAUCCCCUACAUGUUAUGCCUACAACCGCAUAGCGAGAGAUCGGUUUGAUACUAGUUUUCUGUCAGUGUGAGAGGUCAUGAGAUGUAUAUCAUUGGUUUCAGGUCAUGAGAUGUAUAUCAUUGGUUUCAGGUCAUGAGAUGUAUAUCAUUGGUUUCAGGUCAUGCCAUUAACAGAACACCGCAGCAGCUUUACUUGCACAACUCAGUUUGCCAAUGUUGUCGCACAGCAUACAUUAUAAAUGAAUUGAACGAAAA